AUGGUGGACGCACAGGAUGCCGGGAGUAAGCUCUUCUCCAAGAGCCGCUGGAAGACCAAGAUUUUCGAAAAGACCAACGAACUCGCCGAAAAGCAGAAGACGAAGCCGCCCUCGGACGACCACGAAAUCAACGACUUCCUCAAGCCCUCGACCGACCGCGCCGCCCAGCAGCAAAAGGACGCCGCUGCCGCCGCCUCAGCUUUCCUCCGACCCCGCAUAGACGUUGCGAGCGCCCAGCGAUGGCCCGGCGCACAGACGAUCCUGAACAGCGCAGCUGCUGCCGGAAAGAGCCCAGGGCCCGGCGGUCUGAAGACGGGCACGCGCAAGAAGGGCUUCACCGUGAGCUUCGUGCGCACAGUUCCCGAAGUCAUAGGCCAUGGCGGUGACGAGUGCGAGGACCCUGUCGUGGAAGUCGCGAAGAACAAAAAGGCAGCGACGAUCCCGGAACCGGAGAAGGUGCAAUCUCAGACGCCGCAGGACGAUGCAAAUCUGGGAGCGCGCAGCAAUGGCAUAGGCAGGACCCCCUCGCAGACUGAGUACAGGACAAACCUCACGAGAACGCGGACGAACCCCGGCGAGCUAUCCCCACCACUCGGCCAGAAGAUGCAGAUGGGCCAGAUCAACACCCAUGCUACGCAACUGCCACCCACACCACCGCGCUACAUGGGAUCUAUGGGCUUGGGAGACCGACCAAAGGGCCUCACCAGGGCGCCCACUGGCUUUGACGGAAUACCAGAGCCCAUCUCAAUCCCUCCCGGAAGGCGACCCAGCACCAGCGAGGACUCUGUGUAUUCCCAGGAUUCGGACAAUCUCUCACCUGUCAUGUCGAGGAAUAUGUCAGUACGCGAACCCACUAUCCAAGAAGAGGACGACUUCCAGCCAAAGCCGCUUAAGCGUACGCAGACUGGCUUCAGUACCCUGGGUGACGACGAUUUGCCCUCGCCGGUGCACGCGAUACCUUCAGUGCCCAAGAUGCCAGAAAGGCAUUUGGCUGAGCAGGAAGAUGACGGGCCGAGUUCGUUCGCUGCGAGAGUGAAACAGAAGAUGCGGUCGGAAGAGGGCAGAACACUGCAUGAGGCGUCGCAGCGGGCAGCCUCGGGUCAAAGGCGGGACUCCGAGACGAGCUCACAGCAAUCCCUCGUGGGCACACCUCCUUCCUCUUAUGCCACACCGGCCGCAGCCCGAACACCUCUCGAGACACCACAGUCGGAUUCCAGGGGAUCCCCUCGGAUGAGACUGGACACUGAGGAUCCUGAACGAUCGAGAGCCCGUGGGCCCUCCCCAGGACGGCCGGGAGCGCAAUCACCACCAUCCGCGUCUAGAUCGCAAUAUGUCGCAUUUUCCCCCUCACAGACACGCGCCUCUCCGGCUGCACGGUCGGAUCCUUUUAUCAAUACGAACGUUCAACGGAUUCCUUCUAUCAAAGAGAACGCCCUUUUCGGGGCCCUUGACGACAGCCCAAAUCUCCCAACUCCACCCCAGCUUCCCCCGAGUACAUCUUAUUUCUCGUCCGCUCAACCUCAACUGCAACCUUCUUCACUUCCCCAGCCUCUCGCCAUCUCAGGACCUCCCAGCCAGUUGCCGUCACGAAACGCAUCUGGUGCCAGUACCAGCGCCAAACCCGCUGCUCCUCUCGCUCGUUCCGAUACGAGAUCUGCGAAUGAUUCCGCAUACCGGGACUUUGCCGAGCGCAUCACGCACAUGAGAGGCAUCUUCCAGCUGACAGCUCAGCUCGGAGGCAACCUCAAUAGUCAUUCGCCGAUGCAAUGGCUCAGGGUUGCUACUUGGUGGUUCUUGAAAGGACGUACUGGGAUGGAGAACCUGAUCAGGAGUCAACCCAAGUCUGCCGAACCGAUACAAGAACGACUGGCUCAAUCGCAUGUGGACCUAGCCAAAGUGUGGUGGAUCAUUUCUGAAGUCCUUCCGAACCAUCCCAGCUUACAGGGUUAUGGCAACGCGUCCCCUGAUGCGCAAGUCGACAUGGCAAGACAAGCCGGAGACCCUGCGAGUGCGGAGGUGUUUGACAUACAGAAUGCGAUUACCCAUUACCUGAAAUUGCUUGUGGGGUCGAUGAAGAAGCAUCAAAGCAUGCCUCCAACGCAAGCUCUUAUCCAGGGACAAGACCAGAAGAUAUGGGAGGAGUAUCCGACAUUCCCCGCAGAUGCAGCGAGCGUGCUAACCUCCGGGCUCCCUGCUCCUAACGGCAGCCAGUUUAGUCUAUCCCAGUACAUACCCCUUUCCGACACCAAGACCGACUUCUGCUACUUCCGCAUGUUCGUCAAAGCCUCGGUCUCGACCGAUGACCCUGCGACCGACCGCGUUCCGAUGGAUGCUGUUAUUUCUGUCAUGCGGUCUAAGGACGAGUAUCAAGUCAAGUUGGCCAUCUGCAGCCAAAACAGCCUCAUCAACCUUCUGGUGGGCUCAGAAUCAGUACUUGGCUGGAAAGAUGUCAACUGGAAGCAGCAGGUUUCACAACUUACUGUUCAAUUGAAGCACGGAUUCGUUCUGACACUUGCGCUGCACGAAAGUGACUUCCGUAGUCUCUGGUCUAUUGUCAACCACACGAACCGAGUCGAGUCAGACCUACGAGAACGGAGAGACGAGCGCUUUGCUUGCAAAUUGUACCUCCAGGAGGCGAGCUACCGGGAUCCUGCAAACCCAUCAGCAUGGCCAGGCGAUCGGAUUCAAGGCUGCAAGCUGAUGGUGUUCCAAAGGAUCGAACGAAGUAGUGAAGGUACAGGAAAGCGGAAACUGCAUCGAGGUUACCGUAUGGUUCUGGUCACGCCGCAGCAAACCAAGCAAGUCAGCUUGAUCAACCAUGAGCUCGGAACAAAGCAGGAGCCCAUGAACUUCGAAUACGUCACCGAAGCUAACCAAGCUCCGGCGUUGAGACUGCGAUUCCGUGAAGAGAGUGCGGAUAAGAAGCUGAGGACAUGUGCAGCUCACCUCGUCUUCCAGAGUGGCAGGGAUCGAAACGACCUCUUUGGUACAUUCACGUCCAUGAAUGUCGCAGAAGGCGAGACUACCUUCGCUCAAGUCGCACUGAAAGCAUUCCACAUUGAGAGUGCGGACCAGUCAGAGGGCUUUACUUCGCAGGGUAGUCGCGUGCUGGAAAAGCUGCAGUGGGUGGAAGCCAAGGUUAUGAACCUGGAUCCAGAAGCUGCAGGACUAGAGUCAGCACCUACUGUCAAGAGUGAGAGUUUGAGGAUCAUGUGUCGACACACAGCCGGUAUCAUCUCUGACCGCAUGAACUUGGGAUCCGGUGAACUUCUAGUCCGCCUCCCAGUCGACGGAGCCGCCGAACUCACACUCCUCCGCGAAGCCCAACAAGACAUGGCUGUAGCUGUCGACAGCAGCCGAACCGACCCCGCUGUCCCCGACGAGCUAGCCAAGCUUCUGAAGACACUCACAAGCGCCUCGACAAUCCGACGACUGACCUUCAACUCCUUCAACGAUCUGCACACCUUCCAUCUCGCGAACUCUUUCUCCAUCUCCCGCCGACGCAUGGUCGUCCCCAUUUACAAACAAUGGACCGCCACGCGAAUCCGCCUGCAAAUCGUCGAACAAGACAACAUCAUCCAACUCCUCGCAUUCUUCGAAGACUUCUCCCACGCCGACGCCAUGAAUUUCCAACUUCGCCUUACCGAUACGUUCCAAAAGACCGACAAGAAUGGCCAGUUCGGUCUGAAGCUUGUUGACGCGAAAUUCGCUCUUCCAGUCGAUGAACGCAGGGGCGAGGGCAAGAUUCAGAAGGCUGAGGGCAGACUUACGGGUUGGUCUGGCACGAAGAGGCGAUUUGUUUGUCUAGAUGAGAUUGAGUAUCCUGGUGAACAUGAUGAUAUUCUCAUCAUGUUUGAUUCUGCUGAGACACGCGAUACUUUCGCCGAAGCACUACCCGCUGCGACCAUGGAGCGCAAAUUCACUGUCCGAAGGAAGAUAUAG